CGUCCAAAUCGGAAGAUGAGUGUAACGUAAGUUUAAUAAGAAAAGAAAUUCGAAACACCAGUGACCCAUUAAGUUUGCCAACGCUGAGUAAGUUUUAAUCUAUUUGUUUAUAAAAUAAAUAGUAAUUAUUUUUUUUACAGGUUUAAAAAACGCUUUAGGGUUACGAAGGAAGCUUUUAACUACAUUCUUGACGAGCUAGAAUUUGUGUCACACUUGUCGACAGCAGUACCUCCAAAAAUACAAUUGGCCUCAACUUUAUUGCUUUUGGCUUCAGGAGGGUUUCAAAACACCGUCGGAAAUGAUUUUCUGAUUGGUGUAGGCCAAAGCACACUUUCCAAAAUAAUCAAAAGAGUGGUGAAUGAAAUGGAAAGCAAGCUAUGUAGUAAAUUUAUUGAGUUUAAUCUCGAUAACUGCGACGAUUCAAAGCAAUUCUUUUUGCAAAAAUACAAAAUUCCUGGAGUAAUCGGCUGUAUAGACGGAACUCAUUUUGGUUUGCAAAAGCCACCAAAUGAGCAUAUGUUUUUUAAUAGAAAGGGGUUCCAUAGCCUUAAUUCCAUGAUUAUAUGUGAUCACAAAUACAGAAUUUUAGCAAUAAAUUCUAAGUAUGGAGGUGCUGCCCAUGAUUCUUUUGUAUGGAAACAGUCUGAGGAAAGAAUUCUUUUAGAACAAAAAUAUAGCUCCAAUUUACGAAAUUUUUGGCUUUUAGAUGAGAAUUGUUUUCUAUCACAAUGUGAUUCUGGCUACCCGCUUGAGCCGUGGUUGCUAACCCCAUACCGAAGUCCUCAAGAAGGAUCAAUGGAGUCUCGUUUUAACGAUAUACAUUCUAAAGCCAGAUGCAUAGUAAAAAGGACCAUCGGCAUAUUAAAAGCGAGAUGGAAAAUUUUAUGCCAUGACAAAAGAAGUAGGUAUAGUCCUCAAAAAGUGGCAAAAUUUUCAAAUGUUUGUGCUACACUGCAUAAUAUAUGCAUUCACUUCAAAGUGCCUAAUUACGAGGAUGUCCAGCAAACUCCUGUUGAAAGUACAAUGCUAGAUAUGGAUAAUGGAAACGAGACUCAAAUAACUAAAAUAGGAAAAAAAAUUAGAGAUAAUAUCAAAAAUUCGUUGUGUUCCAAUUAG